CAACGCGCGUGCGCACACGUUUCGCGUUCUGUAAUUUAUCGUUCGCGAUCCGGUAGUGUUACAUAAAAAAUCACAUUCCUUCUUCAUUUUCGCCUACCGCGUCUGUUCAAGUGUUCUAUUCAUAAAUUCCAUCGGAAAUAUUAAAAAAUCAACUAACGUUUUAACUAUCGAAUGCAUUAUUUGGUUUUUCUAAUUAAAAUAUUAUUAUAUAUGUGGAUUUAGCAAGCAAAAACUAGUGAUAUUAGAAAUUCGUGAAAGACAAAGUGUUAGUCAAGAUUAGCGCAGUAAGCCUGUCGUGGAACUUGACCGGUGGUGAUGUAAAACUGAAAGCUGACGUGAUGGAAACGAUGAUCAGCGUGUGGACUGUGGUGGAGCAUGUGAGGGUGGCCAGUGGUGCCGCUGAAGUGGCCAUCUUCACCGCAAUACUCUACUGGUUUUUCACUUCCAGUCGGGUAGCGGAUAUGUUGGAGGUGCUUGGGGAAAGGGUCGGGGGAUGGUGCGGACGAGAGUCUGGCUCGCUGCGGCAGGCAGUGCGUGCCCGCAGGAGACAACAAAAUGCCGACAUGUAUGCCAAGCUCGACGCUGACGUUGCUGUUCGUACGACGUCUCUGUAUAGAGUGAAAGAGAGCCCCGUGGUUCCAGCGCCGCAACCGGAGACGAGGCCCCCAGCUGGACUGGCGUGCGGCCGGUGCGCUCCUGUUUCAAGGGAUUCCUGGCACGACCCGAAGAUCGAAGACUCCGGUACCGUGAUCAACGUGUUAGAUAUAGGAAGGCAGAACUUCGCGAACAGCGGCGUUAUCUCAAGAUAUUUCUGUGAUCUCGCGCAAUGUUUCAAUCUUGUCAAGUUCCAGUACAAGGAUGUUAUUCCAGAUGUGCAAAAGGAUCCAGCUUACAUAAAAGCUAUCGAAGACACAACCGAAGAAGAACUAAAAAAGACUGAUUUGAACCUCGACGAAAAGGGAGAUAGAGAUAAACGGAACAGCGCCGGCUAUCUGACCGUGAAGAAACGCGUCGAAGCCAGAGCGAAAAAAGUCUUGACCGAUAUUAGUUCGGCCAUGUCUUAUAAUAUACUAAGAGUGGUGGCGUGGCUGACGCACAAGGCGAUCCGUCGCGUGGCGGGCGGCGGGUGCGGCACGCGCGCGGGCUCGGUGGCGCGGCUGCGGCGCGCGACGGCGGCGGGGCUGCCGCUCGUGUUCGUGCCGCUGCACCGCUCGCACUUCGACUACAUCCUCGUCACCUUCGCGCUCUACCUCACCGGGCUGCGGCCGCCGCUCGUGGCCGCCGGGGACAACAUGAGGAUACCCUUCUUUGGGUGGAUACUGCGCGGCUGCGGCGCUUUUUACAUCAGACGAAGAGUUGACGGUUCCGAGCACAACGGCGACCCCGUCUAUAAAGCAGCUUUAAGAUCUUACAUCAUAAACAGUUUGGCGGCCAACAACAAUCUGGAGUUCUUCAUUGAAGGCGGCCGGACUAGGACCGGGAAGCCGCAGCCUCCCAAAGCUGGAAUCCUGUCCGUGAUAAUGGACGCGUAUUUGGAUGGUACCAUAGACGACGCCCUCCUAGUCCCGGUCACGUUGAACUACGACAAGUUGGUCGACGGUAACUUCGUGAGGGAACAACUCGGCAUGCCCAAGCAGAUGGAGACGUUCUGGUCGGCCCUCAGAGGGAUCUGGAGGACAAUGAACACUAAUCACGGCUCUAUAAGGGUCGAUUUCAAUCAACCCAUCUCCUUGAAGGAAUUAGUGCAAUCUUUCAAAAAGUAUAAUCACUUCAAAGCUCCCAUCGAAGCGCCUCUUGGUCCUGCCGAUGACAAAUUUUCUUCGGAUCUGGACCGGAGACUGUUGUACAACCACAGCCACUCGAGCUUGUAUGGCGACGACGUCAGCACUGACCACAAGAUGAUGGUCGAGGCUAUUGGGAGACAUAUUGUUUAUGAGGGAGCUCAGGCCACGGCGGUGAUGUGCACGAACGUGGUGUCGUACGUGCUGCUGACGGAGGCGCGCGGCGGCGCGGGCGUGCGGCGCGCCGUGCGGGCUCGCGGCGCCGCGCUGCGGGCGGAGGGCCGGGACCUCGCCUACCGCGCCGACCCCGACCGCUGUCUGGAGCACGCGUUGGAAAUGCUCGGGCCCCUUGUGCAGCGAGAGCGGAGAACCGAAACACUUCGUCCUACUAAAUCGAUAGCCGCCGAGCUGGAACUGUCCUAUUACGCCAACACUCUGGUCGCGCACUACGCCGCGCCCGCUAUCGUCGCCACGGCCCUCGAGAGUAUAGUGUGUCGGCCGGAUGCGGAUGGGGACACGGUGCGACACCCAGAGCUGCUGGGCGCGGCGCUGCAGCUGUACGAGGUGCUGAGCGAGGAGCUCAUCCUGUGCGCGCCGUGCCACACCAUCCACGAGACGCUGCUGCGGGCACUCGACCAGCUCCUGGCCAGCGGGGUCCUUGUUAAUGCAGAGCGCACUGACGGCUUAGAGGAAGAGAAGUGGUCUCGUCGAUUGGCCAAGACUAUAGAUGACGAGGAAGACGACGGCUACGAGCGACCCGACCCGACCUUAAGAAUCAAGUACAUCAUUCAGAAAACCCCUGAAGCGAUCGCUGAGAGACGUCGCCUGCUGCUGACCCUGCGGCCCCUCAUCGAGUCGUACAGCGCGUCGUGCCGGCACCUCGCCCCCGGGACCGUCAAGUCGGUCGUCAAGGCGACCAUCGACGGUCUCGUCCACGACUACACCACUAACAAGAUGCCGUACGGCGCGGCCGUCUCGAGCGACGCGGUCAGGAACUGCCUGCGUCUCCUGAGGCAAUGGGGCGUCAUAGAAAUGUACACGGACAACAAGGAACGGAAGAUAAGGCUGAGGCCUCCCUACGACGACGCGCAGAAACUGAACGACAUCUGCUCCCACAUCUACAAGUUCAAUGUCGACUCGCCGCUGCUGAAGGAGGAAAGCGCCACGUGAUCUCGACCAGCUGACUGUAAACCUUUAUCCGAAUUAGGACAACUAAACUUGAAACGGAGUGGACCUGAUGUGGUCUAUUAACACAUUGACUGCCGUGUAGGUGACCUACGCGGCGCACUGAAGUAAUUAUAUCGAUUUCUGUUACUUAAGCGCUUGGAUUGUUACGUAACUUUGCCUUCUUUUGUUUGAUAAUAUAUGUUUUAGUCUUUUAGGUCUUACAAAAAUAGAUUCAUUGUCAGUAUCAUCGCAUUCGUCUUUCCCAGAGUCUACUAGAUAUUCCGGUUCCUUAGUAAAAUAAUAGUUUAAAAAAACUAAAAAACACGCUUUACAUAAAAUU